CUCACUUCCGUGUGCUGGCACGCCCCGCCUCGCCCCGGGCCGAGAGCGAUUAUGGAGCGGCAGGUGCUGCUGAACGAGCCCGAGGAGGCGGCGGCGCUGUACCGGGGCCUUAGCCGCCAACCCGCGCUGAGCGCCGCCUGCCUGGGCCCGGAGGUCACCACGCAGUAUGGGGGCCACUACCGGACGGUGCACACCGAGUGGACCCAGAGGGACCUGGAACGCAUGGAGAACAUCCGAUUCUGCCGCCAGUACUUGGUGUUCCACGACGGGGACACCGUGGUUUUUGCAGGCCCUGCAGGGAACAGUGUGGAGACCCGGGGGGAGCUGCUGAGCAGAGAAUCUCCUUCUGGUGCCACAAGAGCGGUGCUGCGCAAGACUGGAGGCACGGGCCCUGGGGAGGAGAAACAGUUCCUGGAGAUCUGGGAGAAGAACCGGAAGCUCAAGAGUUUCAACCUGUCAGCGCUGGAGAAACAUGGGCCUGUGUACGAGGAUGACUGCUUUGGCUGCCUGUCCUGGUCGCACUCGGAGACACACUUGUUGUAUGUGGCAGAGAAGAAGCGCCCCAAGGCUGAGUCCUUCUUUCAGACCAAAGCCUUGGACAUCAGUGGCAGUGAUGAAGACAUGGCCAGGCCAAAGAAGUCCGACCAGGCUGUGAAGGGGGAUCAGUUUGUAUUUUAUGAAGACUGGGGAGAAAAUAUGGUUUCCAAAAGCACACCUGUGCUCUGCGUGCUGGACAUUGAGAGCGGCAACAUUUCGGUGCUUGAGGGGGUCCCUGAGAACGUGUCCCCUGGACAGGCAUUCUGGGCCCCUGGAGACACAGGCGUGGUGUUUGUUGGCUGGUGGCAUGAGCCCUUCCGGCUGGGCGUGCGAUUUUGUUCCAAUCGCAGGUCAGCUCUGUACUACGUGGACCUCACCGGGGGGCAGUGUGAGCUCCUGUCCGAUGACAUUGUGGCGGUCUCCUCUCCCCGGCUAAGCCCAGACCAGUGUCGCAUCAUCUACCUGCGGUACCCAUCCCUAGUGCCCCAUCAUCAGUGUAGCCAGCUGUGCCUGUAUGACUGGUACACCAAGGUGACCUCGGUGGUGGUGGAUGUCGUGCCGCGGCAGCUGGGAGAGAACUUUUCUGGAAUCUACUGUAGCCUGCUACCCCUGGGUUGCUGGGCAGCUGACAGCCAAAGAGUGGUUUUCGACUCGCCUUACCGCAGCCGACAGGACCUGUUUGCUGUGGACACCCAAAUGGGCACUGUGACCUCCCUGACAGCUGGGGGCUCAGGUGGGAGCUGGAAGCUGCUCACAAUUGACCAGGACCUCAUGGUGGCCCAGUUCUCCUCACCCAGCCUACCACCAAGCCUGAAAGUCGGCUUCCUGCCUCCUGCGGGAAAGGAGCAGGCGGUGCUGUGGGUGUCCCUGGAGGAGGCUGAGCCCAUUCCUGAUAUCUCCUGGUGCAUCCGGGUGCUCCAGCCACCCCCUGAGCAAGACAACGCGCAGUAUGCUGGACUGGACUUUGAAGCAAUCCUGCUACAGCCCAGCAACCCUCCAGAUAAGAACCAGGUCCCCCUGGUGGUCAUGCCCCACGGGGGUCCCCAUUCGUCCUUUGUCACUGCUUGGAUGCUGUUUCCAGCCAUGCUCUGCAAGAUGGGCUUUGCAGUCCUGCUGGUGAACUACCGUGGUUCCACGGGCUUCGGCCAGGACAGCAUCCUCUCCCUCCCAGGCAAUGUGGGCCGCCAGGAUGUAAAGGAUGUCCAGUUUGCAGCGGAGCAGGUGCUCCAGGAGGAGCACUUUGACGCAGGCCGAGUGGCCCUGAUGGGCGGUUCGCAUGGCGGCUUCCUCUCCUGUCACCUGAUUGGUCAGUACCCGGAGACCUAUGGUGCCUGUGUGGUGCGGAACCCCGUGAUCAAUAUCGCCUCCAUGAUGGGCUCCACCGACAUCCCCGACUGGUGUGUGGUGGAGGCUGGUUUCCCCUAUAGCAGCGACUGCCUGCCUGACCUCAGCGUGUGGGCCGAGAUGCUGGACAAGUCACCCAUCAAGUACACCCCUCAGGUGAAAACGCCGCUAUUACUGAUGCUGGGCCAGGAGGACCGGCGUGUGCCCUUCAAGCAGGGCAUGGAGUAUUACCGUGCCCUCAAGGCCCGGAACGUGCCUGUGCGGCUCCUGCUGUAUCCCAAAAGCACCCACGCGCUGUCAGAGGUGGAGGUGGAGUCGGACAGCUUCAUGAAUGCUGUGCUCUGGCUGCGCACGCACUUGGGCAGCUGAGCCUGGCCCCUCUGCUGGGCAGGUUGGCCCGCGGCACACUUUGCUCUGGAGGAGCCCCGGAACCUGGCAAGAGGUGGCCUGGGCUCUUGACUCGGUGGAUGGGUUGAGUCAAGAAUUGUGGGCUCUGGAGGCAGAAUAAAUGAGAACCAGAGUCUGGUUCCUGCUGGACUUUGUACC